AUGUCCCUAACCUUCUACGACAUCGCCCUGGCACCCCCAGUUGAAAAAACGGCCUGCUCGCCAAACCCCUGGAAAACCCGCUACGCCCUGAACUUCAAAAAAGUCCCCUACAAAACAACCUGGGUGCCCCUGCCCGACAUCAGCAAGGUCCGCGCGCCCCUCAACAUCCCCGCUUCCCGCAAAUUCGCCGACGGAUCCCCCUACCACACCCUCCCCAUCGUCUCAGACCCAACCACGGGCCGCACAAUAGGCGACUCCUUCGAAAUCGCCGUAUACCUGGAAGAACAAUACCCAUCCUCGGGAGCCGGGGAGCUUUUCCCAGCCCAGGACCUUGAUUUUGUGUUUGGACGGGAACUAGAGCUUUUCGCGCCGAUCGCGGUCGCGGAUGUCAGUGAGGAUGGGCCUAUUCCAGCAUACGUGCGGUUCAAUACGAAUGUAGAUAGUGCGUUUACUGCGCAUGCGCAACUGAUGGGGGGUGGGUUGCCUUUGGAUCCUGCUAGGGCGCAAGAGACCAUAACGGAGUUUGAGAAGAGGAUUGGAGUGCCGUGGGAUGCUAUGGUUCUUAAAGGGGAGGCGAGGGGGAGUUGUUGA